ACAGUUACACGUGGCCUUACAAGCUGUGGUACGUACAGCUGCCCUCGGCCCAGUGACCCCGCAGGUCGCACACGAUGUUGUUCUUGGUUCGGUAGUCGCUCUUGCUGUCUACCUGGAGGUUCCACGUGUAGUGACAGCGGAAGAGCGUUGCGUAAUUAUUGUCCCUCACCAACAGAUGACAAAAAUGACCGUCUUUGCUGUAUCAUAAACAACCAGCCAAAAUGCUGCAAGCUACUUAUAAGGUAAAAAUUCGCUUUAUGAGAACAUUUUAAAUAAAAUGAAUUGAUAAGAGUAACUUACCUAAGAAUUCACCGAGCGUAGUGCGAUUAAAGAUAAAAAUUAAUUGUCACAUUAAAGAUGUUGAGACCUCGGUAAGACGAAGCUUUGUGUUUUAUUUAUUUUAUUCCGUCGACGUCCACCCUGAGGUCAGGGCCACAUUUUAAAUUCCUAAAAUAAUCCUCUGAAGAAAUUUUUAAAAUUUCUUGCUCGAAACUUUUCUUUUAAUUCAACGUGUCAAGCUAAAGCAGCCUUAAAUCGUAGCCUUAAGCAAAAAAAGGGUGUUUGAAACUUUUUUGAAAAAAAUUUAUAGAGAAGAACAGUUAACGUUUUAAAAGUGGUUUUUCUUGUGACAAGAGAAGAUAAUGGAUUCAUUCUUUGUGGUCAGCGGAUUCCGGGGCCACCGUAUGCUCUCAGAUUUUCAUUGGCCUUUGAAAACGCACCAGUGAAUUGUUUUUCAGUUGGAAUAAGGAGAUAAGAUUGUUUGGAUUAUUCAGAGACGGAUUGUUUUACAGUUUAGCACCAUGACAUCCGUUACCCUUUCCUCUGACUCCUUCUGUGAUCACAAAUUUCACAACCUCGUCCCCAGGGCGCUUUCCCCUGGCUUUGAAGGUGCGGCGGGAACCCGCCCCACCUCCAAAGCCAGGAAAAAGCGCCCUGGGGACGAGGUUGCAAAUUUCAUUAACUUUUUUCCUGGUAUUACUCGAUUCUUGCUGACAAUGAUCACGAUUCUUAAUUUAAUUUUUUUUCCAGUGUUGGGGCCUUGUUAGGAAUCAUAUCCGGAGGAGUUGUGCUACUUGUUGUGAUACUCUUGGUGUGUUUAUGUUGGUCUAAGUGUCCACUUGCUAAGUGCAGGGCUAGAAGAAGAAAUGGGCAAAUGGCUGUUGUGCAUUACCCCAGAGUUGGAAUAGUGCAAACUACUCUUCCACCCUACCCUGGAGCUGGUAUGCAAACCCCUACACACCCCUACCCUGGAGCUGGGAUACAAACCGCUUCACAACCCUACCCUGCAGGAGCUGGUAUACAAACCACCAUUCAACCCUAUCCUGGAGCUGGGCCACAAGCAAUUUCUCCACCAUAUCCUGGAACAGGACAAACGCAAAACGCUGGUCCACUAUAUCCUGGAACAGGGGUACAAGCCCAAGAUGGGCAUCAAGUAUACGGCAAAAACUGA